GUUACCAACGUAGCGACCGGCGCUUUGGUAGAGUUUGACGUGGCACUCUGCUUUCACUGAGGGCAAUAUACAGUGAAGAGGACUCUGCCUAAUAUUCAGGUUGUCAAAACUCAUUCAUCUGGGGAUGAGAAGACAGUAACAUCCCUUCAAAAUGAGUCAACAGGGUUAUGUUGCUGCACCCCCAUACUCCCAAGCCCAGCCAGGGAUGGGGGGCUACCAAGGUGGAUUUGGGACUGGUCCUGCACAGCCCCUCUAUGGGUACUAUGGGGGACCGCCCCAGGCAUUCACCGCUCCACCAACAGGUAUGAUGAAAUUACCAGUUUCCUCUGCUGCCGGUAUGCCUCCACCCCCAGAGUCCAGUCAGUACAAUCCAAAUGUCCAUCAGAAUGGUGCACAUCAUCAAAGAUACCCUGCUCCACCAGCUGUUUCUGCUUCUUAUGGACAACCUCUACAGUCCCAAUACAACAGCAUGGCCUCUUCAGCCCCGCCUCCAACGCAGCAGCUCACCAAUCAGAUGAGUGCUAUGAACUUUGGCAACUAUGCCUCAGGUCCCAUGCAGAGCCCUCCUCCAGUAAGCUCUGUAGCCCAGCAGCCUUUCCAAACACCCCCUCCUUCAGCAAUGGGCCAGCCACAGAUGCCUCCAGGUGCGCAGUCACCCCACAUGUCCCCCCAGAUGUCUCCACCACAGUUACAGCCAGGAAAUAUGCAAAUGGCAGGCCAACCAAUGACAGGCCCACCGAUGUCAGGCCCACUGAUGUCAGGCCAACCAAUGACAGUUCCACCUAUGACAGGCAUGGGUAGACCCUUCCCUGGGCCACCUGCUUGUCAACCAGGAUACCCACAGCAAGCAGGUCAGUUUGGUGGAAACAUGGCUGGACCCCAGCCAGGCAUGCCAGGAGGUCAGUUUGGUGGAAACAUGGCUGGGCCCCAGCCAGGCAUGCCAGGAGCCUUCCCUGGAGCACCAGGCGGACUGGCGGGACCACCUCAGAAGAAACUAGACCCUGACUCUAUCCCCAGCAUAACUCAAGUCAUUGAGGAUGACCAAGGAAAACAAGGGGGAAAGGUCUACAAAACAAACCUCAGAGGACAGGUUCCACCUCUGGUUACCACCGACUUCACAAUAGAGGACCAAGGCAACGCCAGUCCCAGGUUCAUACGCUGCACCACCUACUCCCUACCCUGCACCGCCGAUCUGGCCAAACAGUGCCAAGUGCCCCUGGCUUCCAUCAUUAAACCCUUUGCCAGUUUGCAAAAGAAUGAGACUCCACUAUAUGUUGUGAACCAUGGGGAGACGGGCCCUAUCCGCUGCAAUCGAUGCAAGGCCUACAUGUGUCCCUACAUGCAGUUUAUCGAUGGGGGGCGUCGCUACCAGUGUGGUUUCUGCAACUGUGUCAAUGAAGUGCCAGUCUUCUAUUUUCAACAUCUUGACCACAUGGGCCAGAGGAUGGACAUCUACGAGAGGCCUGAGCUGUCCCUGGGAUCCUAUGAGUUUGUAGCCACCAUGGAUUACUGCAAGAACAACAAGCCUCCGAAUCCUCCCGCCUACAUCUUCAUGAUUGACGUGUCCUAUAACAACAUUAAAAGUGGACUGGUCAAACUGAUAUGUGAUGAGCUGAAGAAUCUACUCGAGAAUCUGCCCAGUGAGGAAGGUAUGGAGAGCUCUGCCAUUAAGGUGGGCUUUGUCACCUACAACAAGGUCCUCCACUUCUACAACGUGAAGAGCGCUUUGGCCCAGCCUCAGAUGAUGGUGGUUUCAGACACAGCGGAGAUGUUUGUCCCGCUGCUUGAUGGCUUCCUCGUCAACUAUCAGGACUCGAGGGCAGUUAUCUACAACCUCCUGGACCAAAUCCCUGAUAUGUUUGCAGACACCAACGAGAGUGAAACAGUCUUUGUUCCUGUCAUCCAGGCCGGCGUGGAGGCAUUCAAGGCAGCAGAAUGUAGCGGAAAGCUCUUCAUCUUCCACUCUUCCAUGCCCUCGGCUGAGGCUCCUGGCAAACUGAAGAACAGAGAUGACAAAAAGCUGGUCAACACUGAAAAGGAGAAAACUCUGUUCCAGCCUCAGAAAGGAGUGUAUGAGCAGCUGUCUAAGGACUGUGUGGCACAGGGCUGCUGUGUGGAUCUCUUCCUCUUUCCCAGCCAGUACAUGGACAUAGCAACCAUGGCUGAUGUGCCCUCGCACACCGGAGGCUCUGUCUACAAGUACAACAACUUCCAGGUGGAGACUGAUGGGGAGCAUUUCCUGAGAGACCUGAGAAAAGACGUGCAGAAGAGCAUCGGAUUUGAUGCCAUCAUGCGUGUUCGUACAAGCACAGGUUUCAGAGCCACAGAGUUCUUUGGUGCCAUCCAUAUGAACAACACCACAGAUGUAGAGAUGGCAGCUGUGGAUUGUGACAAGGCUAUAACCGUAGAGUUCAAGCACGACGACGCGCUCAGUGAGGAGACCGGGGCACUCAUGCAGUGUGCCUUGCUGUACACCACCAUCAACGGACAGCGACGUCUCCGCAUCCACAACCUCAGUCUGAACUGCAGCUUGCAGUUGUCGGAGCUGUUCAAGAGCUGUGAGACCGACUCACUCGUCAACUUUUUCUCCAAAUCAGCUUGCCGUGCCAUAUUGAACCAGCCUCUAAAGAAUGUGAGGGAGAUCCUGGUCAACCAGACGGCCCACAUGCUGGCAUGCUACAGGAAGAACUGUGCCAGCCCCUCUGCUGCCAGCCAGCUGAUCCUGCCAGAUGCCAUGAAGGUGUUCCCGGUCUACAUUAACAGCCUCAUGAAAACUGCUCCCUUGGUCGGCAGCACCGAGCUCUCAACAGAUGACAGAGCCCAUCAAAGGCUGGCCAUCAUGGGCAUGGGGGUGGAGGACACACAGCUGCUGCUCUACCCACGUCUCACCCCGCUGCACAACAUGGACGUCAGCAGCGAGGCUCUGCCGGCUCCAGUGCGCUGCUCGGAGGAGCGUCUGUCAGACUCUGGCAUGUUCCUGCUGGAGAACGGCCACUCCAUGUUCCUGUGGCUGGGCCAGGCGAGCCCUCCAGACCUCAUCCAGAACAUCUUUAACCUGCCCUCCCUCGCCCACCUGCAAGGAAACAUGUGUGCGCUGCCAGAACUGGACAACCCAUUAUCAAUCAAGGUCCGAUCCAUCAUCAGUGGCCUGAUUGAAAAAAGGGCGAACUCUAUGAAGCUUCAAAUCGUGAGGCAGAAGGACAAACCAGAGAUGUUGUUCCGUCAGUUCCUGGUGGAGGAUAAAGGCCUGCACGGCGGAGCUUCCUACAUGGACUUCCUUUGCUACGUUCAUCGAGAGAUCAGGCAGCUGCUCACUUAACCCCCCACCCCCCCCCGAACGCUCAGCCUCAGUGUUCCCUUUCCUGACUGGCCUGGGAGAAGCGCGCCAUCUAACGGACCAUGCACAAACCUUACAGGGUCAGUCUCAAAUCUUAAGGACGGUACACAGAAAGAAACUUUUUAAGUGUUUUAUAAAAACAGAAAAAAGGAAACAGGGAGAGCCUUUUGAAAUUUAUUCUUGAGAGUCAAAAGCUGCCUUUCCAACAAGGCUUUUGUCACACGUUAGUGUACGCACAGUAUGAUCUUCAAAUAACCACCUGUCCCUUGAGGAACUUCCAAGCAUUUUCUGCACAGAUACUUUGUGUGAUGGACUGUGGAGACUGGAAUGACAUCAGUGUCUAAGGCUGAAAUGCAUAAUGGUAGAACGCCCAUGAGCAUAAGCAAUACACCAUGUAUCUCCACAGUGCAGUCAACUGAGUUUUGCAUUUUAUUUUGGAGAUUUACAGGAUCAAGACAAGGGGUUAUUUGGGGUCAAUACUGUAAUGUUCACUUUAGAAUUCAGUAAAGUUAGCCAGUCUUUGUUAUACACGACCUUCUCCCAUACAAAGAGUCUCAGUAACCCAUUUUAAAAUCUUAAUUUCUUUAACAAUUAAUGCACAAAUACAUUUUACAAUAUUUAAAUGACUUAUAAAAGGGUUCAACAUUUGUACACACUUUUGCUGUCCUGUGGAAAAUGUCCUAAAACAAACCUACACGCAAGUAGUGUAUCCACAGUACCAGGUUUUUCAUAAUUUAGCAGAAACAAUGCCGCUGUUGCCAGGACUGAAAAUGAUUCCUGUCAUUACACCGUGAGUGAUUCAAAACAUUCGAUUCACCAACAACAACAAAAAUGUCAAAUUCUUUGACCAUUUAUAGCAGAGACUUGAUCUUCACAGCGUGCAGUGAUGAAAAAAACGUUUUGUUUUGGUGUUCUGAGAUUACAAUGAAGUGAAAACAGCUGUUGCUCUACAUGGAGAAGGACACACUCCUGUGUCCUGAUGACAAAUGACACACUUUUCCUACACUGCACAAGUCAGAAUUGGAACUAAAAAAGGGAUGAUUAAGGGAAUGGAUAGCCAUUGAUUUCAAUCAAUCUAACAAGAAAAAUAAUAAUGAUCUGUUCUUUUUAUUGGGAUUCAUUUUGAGAAACCCGUUCAGCCACCUCCAACAAUGCCAUAUUAUAAUGGAACUAAAAGGUGCCAACUGACGAAUCUGACAUGUGCAGGACAAUAAAAUCAUCAGUAACUAUUGGAUCAAAGUUUUUGUAAGCAGACUUUUUAGUGUUAAAGAAGCCAAAUUCAGUAAAAUCUUGUUACACUAACUAUAUUCUGCAAAAUUUUCUGUAAUGAUGAUAUGUAACAUUUCAGUCUUGAGUACAGCAAUAGCAUCAUACUGUAUUGCAUUGCUUGUCUUUAUAGAGGUAAUGGCCUCUGUGUAAUUCAUGUAUGCAUUUGAUAAAUAUUGUACGAUUUUGUCUAUGUGUGGCCUACAAAGUCUUUUUGUACAUGAAAUACACAACCUAUGUUUUCAAACUAUGACCAUUUGCCUUAAAUUCAUAUGAUAGUUUUAGAAACAUAUGAUAAAGUAUAUGUCCUAGAGGUCUAUUUCAAUCUUUUUGGUUUGUAUGCAAACUUAUCUCAGGUAAUUUGAGUACCUUAAUAUUUAAAGAAGUGAUUUAAAUUGAACUGGACAGAUGGACGUUUGUUUUUUGAGUUGACUUAUGGACAUUCACGGGCGUUGUGCCAUGUAUAUUUUAUUCCAAACCCUUAACAAAUUUUGUUUGAAUAAAAUUCUUGACAUAA